AUGUCAACUAGUGAGUGUCAUACAACUAACAAUCAAGCUCGUGAUGAGGAAACCGAGCUCGUUCGCUAUAAGGACGGUUCCCAUGCAGCUUUAUAUACGGUGCACAUUGAGUAUGCGGACGAUAUUGCUGUCCUUGGUUCAGAUCCUCCUCAAAUGCAAGUGAUUUUAAAUAACGUAUCAACUCUGCCGCACGGUUUGGUAUGCGUUUCACACCUGCAAAGUGUAAAGUGCUUCUACAAGACUGGGUGGGAUCAAACCCACACCUCAUGCUUGCAGCCAUUCAACUAUGACCCUGCAGAAAAAGCAAAACACAAAUUUAUGAUUCAAAGCAUGCCUAUGCCAGACGGCGAUUCGACCACGCUGGAAGAAGUGGUUGGUGUCUGUUCACAUUCUUCGUAUUAUGCUCCCUUCCAGUGGCAAUAUGCCCAUCCGAACAAAAUCAGAGAUUCAAAACUGAUUUGCGUUUUACGACUACCCGGCGAACUAGUUGUCGAGCCCAGUCACGAUUUGGUGUUUGAAGGACCAUUUAACAAGCCAUCUUCGGCCACCGUCACACUGACCAAUCCCUCACGUGAGCAAAUGUGGUUCAAGUUGCACGUUUUCUCACAAAAACUAUCCGCUUCUCCCGUUUCUGCGGUUCUUCAACCAAACGAAUCGGUCAAAGUCACGGUCACAUGUAAGCCUAUGGAUUCAUCCGAUUUGGACAGACCGAGAGAACGUGUCUUGAUAAAAUCUUUGACCAUAAGUGAUUCAGAAACACGUCCGUUGGAGGAAGUGGUUUCGACUGCACAGACCACAGACACGUUUUUGAAAUGUGUCUUCAGUGGAACCCAGCAGGCAUCCGACGAGAAGGUUAAACCUAUCAAAGUUAGCCACGCGCAUGCUUCGCAUGCGGAACCUCCGGUGAAAGGACCCACAGUGGAGAGCCUGUUGGCUGAGAUAGCUUCAUUGCGCAAUGAGAACAAGGCGCUGAAGGCAUUUUAUCUAAUGACGGUGCUUAGCUGGUCUUAG